UGAUCAGCGGCGGCUCACGUGGUGGGGGCCCCCAGUACAGCCGCAGCAGCUGCCAGGCGCCCGCCCGCCCUGCCGUCCAUGGCGCUGCUGCCGCCUCGGCUCCUCCUGCUGCCGGCGCUGGGGCUGCUGCUGCCGCCGCCGGGCCCCCUGCAAGCCGCCGGGCCCCCCCGCUUCCCGGGCGCCGGCUCGGAGCCUCCCCGCAGCUGCUCGGUGCUGCUGGACCCCGCUUCGGGGCAGCCGCAGAUCGUGAGCGGCUGGCACCCCGCGGCCGUCGCCUGGGCCAACCUGACCGAAGGGAUCCGGGACACCGGGUGGGCCGCCUUGGAACUCGCCACCAACGCACAGUACAAUGACAGCCUCCAGGCCUAUGCCGCAGGGCUGGCGGAAGCGGCCGUGUCGGGCCAGCUCAUCUACAUGCACUGGAUGAACACCAUGCUGGGCUACUGUGGCCCCUUCAAGUACCAGGCGGACUACUGCCAGAAGCUGAAGGGCUACAUCGAAGCCAACCUGGCCUGGAUGGCGCAGCAGAUGGAGGCACAAGCAGACUCGCCUUACUGGUACCAGGUCCGCCUCGCUCUCCUGCAGCUGAAGGGCCUCGAGGAUGGCUACAACGAGCAGGUGGCCUUCCCCACCGGCCAGUUCUCCAUCGCCCCCUUUGGCUUCCUUCUGUUCCAGCUCGGGGGCGAUUUGGAAGACCUGGAGUCGGCCUUCAACAAGUCCGGAAGGCAGCGGGUCCUGGGCUCCGGGUCCUGCUCAGCCCUCAUCAAGCUGCUGCCCGGCAACCGGGACCUGCUUGUCUCCCACGACACCUGGAACACCUACCAGGCCAUGCUGCGCAUCCUGAAGAAGUACACCUUGCCCUUCCGGACUUCGCGCACAAGUGGCACCCCCAUCCCUGGGCACACCCAGGCUUUCUCCUCCUACCCGGGCACCCUCUUCUCUGGCGACGACUUCUACAUCUUGAGCAGCGGCUUGGUGGCUCUGGAGACCACCAUCGGGAACAGCAACGGGGCCCUGUGGAAGUACAUCCAGCCCACGGAGAGCGUCUCGGAAUGGCUGCGCAACGUGGUGGCCAAUCGGCUGGGCCGGAGUGGGGCGGAAUGGGCGCGCGCCUUCCAGCAGUUCAACAGUGGCACCUACAAUAACCAGUGGAUGGUCGUGGAUUAUAAGGCAUUUGUCCCGGGCAAGUCCAGUCUCCAGAAGGGCGUCCUCACGGUUCUGGAGCAGAUCCCGGGGAUGGUGAUGGCGGACGACAAGACCGGCCUGCUGUACCAGGAGGGCUACUGGGCCAGCUACAACGUUCCGUACUUCACAGAGAUCUUCAACGCCAGCGGCCUCCCUCAGCUGGUGCAGAAAUACGGAGACUGGUUCACCUACGACAAGAAUCCCCGGGCCCAGAUCUUCCGGCGCAACCAGACGCUAGUCCGGGACAUGGAUUCUAUGAUCCGACUCAUGAGGUUCAACAACUUCCCCAGGGACCCCCUCUCCCGAUGCCAAGCCUGCAACCCGCCCCAGAAUGGCGAGAAUUCGAUUGCUGCCCGCUCGGACCUGAACCCGGCCAACGGCACGUACCCCUUUGGGGCCCUUCGCCAGCGGCCGCAUGGGGCCACCGACAUGAAGGUCACUUCCCUGGAGCUGGCCAGGAACUACAGCUUCAUCGCCACCAGCGGGCCGACCUGGGACGACCUGCCCGCCUUCCGGUGGAGCGCCUCCCCCUACCAGCGCCUGCUGCACAUGGGCCACCCGGACCUCUGGAAAUUCUCCCCCGUCCAGGUCUGCUGGGGCUGAUGCCUGCGGCUGGGUGCUGCCCCUGCCCUCUGGCAGGCUGUCUUCACCGGAAUCCUGGACUUCUCUUCUGGAGAGAAAGGGCUGCUUGGCCGCGAGCGGCUGUCGUCAGGGCUGGGUGUGCCGAGAGGCCGGGUGGGGGUGGGGUGGGGGGCACAAGGGAAGCGGGUGCUGGAGUGGCUGCCCCAGAACAAGGAGAGAAACAAACCCCCCCCCAGACCGAAAGUCCCUGCCUAAUGUCCUGAGCCCAGAACGGUGCUGGGAACAGGGGCGGCGGCGGCUGCCUGUCGGGGCCGGGGCCAGAGGGCAGGGGAGGGGGCUGGGCAGGGCUGAGAGGAGAGGAGGCAGGUCCCACCCUGAGAUCAGUUCGAAAGCCCCGGAGGGAAGGCGGCCACCAGCCCACGGUUUGGGUUUUCUCGGCGCUGGGACGCUGUUUCCUUCUCUCAGCCCAGCUUUGCGCUCGCUUUGCCCCUUGGCUGGCUGGCGGUGGAGGGAGGAGGCGAGCCCUUCGACUUGGUGCAUUCCCUGUGCAAAGCCGCAAUGCCCUCGCCCGCCCCCAAGGCCCCUUGCCGCCUCUUCCCCCCAGCAGCGCCGGCUCCAUCCCUCCCCCUCUCGGCCCUCGCGGCCCUCUUCCUCCCCGCCUCGUGCAGGACCAAGCCAAGGAGACCCACUGAAGUGGGGCAGGGGGUUCCACACCACCGCGAAAUAGCACCGUGUCUUGGGCUGCACACAGAGCCCACGGCUGUCCUUUCUUCUCACCGAUAUUCACAUGCAUCCUUUUUUUUUUUAAGGGAGCCUUAUUAUUUCUCUCUCACACACAAUAUGAACAUUUGUGGGAUGUGUCCUUUGAGAGAUGCCACCCAUGACCUUUGAUUUGUCCAUCUGUGGGGUAUGUCCUUGGGCUGCACUCAGCAGUUACUUGGGAGUAAGCCCCAAUGAGUCCAUUACUUGGAAUAAACUGCAUAGAAUUGGC